AUGAACAGCGCGUGUCGGGCACUCGUGGUCCUGCUAUGCGCCUUGUUUUACGUCUCCCCAGUUCUCGCAGACCUGCGAAUCACCGAGCCGCAGGCCGGUGCAGCGUUCACCGCCACGCCAUCGGGUCUGGAGCUCAGAGUGGCUUGGGUCGACGCAGGCGGGUCCCCAGAGCUGGCCAAGGUGCGCGAGUACACUAUCGUGCUGUGCACGGGGCCAAACUCGAAAAUCAAGGCCGUUUCCAAGCUGGGAACCGUUCCGGCGUCGCAGGUACGGGACGGCAGUCUGACGCUGAACGUCGCAACCAGCGCGGGCACUGACGGGUCCUAUUUUUUGCAAAUCGUCGCUGCCGCGCCCGACGGGUACUCGAUCCACUAUUCAGACCGUUUCACGCUAAGAGGCAUGACCGGGACCGAAGACGCUCGCCAGGCGGCCGACGUGGACUCGCCCAGCCCGGAGACCAUGAUGUUCGACAAUGGAUACCCGCCCGAGAUCAAUUCUGCUUCUUUCCAAGUAACGUACACGGCACAGACCGGGAGCUGGCGGUUUGCGCCCAUGCAAACCCAGCCGGGUUCCCGCGUCACGGCAACCACGUGGCAGCGGCAACACGCGACCAGUGCAGUUUCGCCUUUCACCACCAUCAUGGGCAAACCCAACCGUGUGAAGACUGUCACGGCCGGGUGGGACUACACGAUUGUGAGUCUUCACAACCACGCCAAACCCGCACCGUUUCCGGCGGAAAACGGAGGCUGGUAUAACGCCAAAGGCCGCCAAACUUUGACGACGAAAAAAGUGAACGCGAACUGA